AUGCCAUCGCCCAGCCACGUAGCAAUCGUGCCGCUCCCGCCAUCGACCUUUCGCAUCCCAGGUCCCUCAAGGCCGGAUACACAGGACCACGACUGGCCGUACCUCAAGAUGAAGGCCACUCCGCACGUAUCGCUUCCAUCCAGUCUCUCUCCGUCCAAGCCCAACGGCAAGGGUAUUGAGGAUUCCAUCAAGGUCAUUGUUCCCAUUGGCAGCAAGGUCUCAGUGACGUGGAAAGUGGACACGGAGAACAUCCCAUCGCUGGCGGACGCCGAGCCACACCUCCUCUUCCCACAGGUUCAAGGAGCCGUGGGAGAAUGGCUCGCCAUCAAUCAGCAAGCGCUGGGAAUCGACCACUUUGACUACCCGGACGAGCCCGAUCCCACCAUUGCUGAACUCAUCCUCACUCCCAUCGCCGCCCUUCCUUACCAACAACAAUACCUGGACCCUCUCAUUCUUCGAGGCGAGCCUGUCGCCGAGUUGCAGAAGCUGGAAAUGUGCAUGUCAUGGGCGUACCCUUCAAAGCGGUUCAAGCAGACCUCAAGCACUCUGAACGAUGUCUCGGUCAACCCCACUCAUGCCAACGCAGAUGGUGGCAACCCCUCCAACAUCUCGGCCGCCAGCCAGGAUGUCUCUGAUUCUGGUACCCCUGAACCGCCUCGUACGCUGGGAGAUGUCCUAACGCAGGUCGGAACGGCCAUGAAGAAGAUGAUGCGAAUGCAGAUGGUCCGGCGGUUUCCAUAUGUCUUUGACGGCGACUUCCUCAAGUACCAAACAACCCUGGCCAUGCCCGAUGCCAUAUUUGAUGCCACCCACCGCUUCAUCACCCUCUCAGCUCGUCACAACACCCCUCUUCUCGGACAAUGCAGGGCGUUGCUCGACUCAAUCGACCAGGCUCAGACCAAGACCUUUGAAGGGCGCGUGACUGCCGUGGCUCGCCUACCAGCUCGCAUGUCGUGGAAGCGUCCGAAACUCGACUCGCAGGCUUCCGGGAACCAAGCCACCCCACGAGAUCAGAGCGACGAUGAUGAGGCGGCAGUGAAGAUUGCAACAUACCUUGAGCGUCACAGGAAACAAGAAGCCAGAGAGCCUGCUGAGACGGCUCUCCGCAACUCGCUUGCCAGGGGUGUUGCAGCGAUUGGAGCUUCAAAGUGGACAGAAGCUAGGGCCGGCAUGGGCAAGUUAGCAGCUUGGCGAGCGCAGCUGGCCGAGGCGGACUAUUAUCACGAGCUGGAGCCACAGGCCUUCCAAGAGGUCACUCCCGACUUCUGGAACCCAGAACUCAACCACGAGUUUCACAACGUCCACCCGUAUGAUCCAUGUCCGCCGCUGUCGCCCCACUCUCCACUCCCUGCAGCUCCCCAUGACGUGUGUCGGGAACUGGUCGACUCCGAUGACGAAUACGACGACCUGGCAGAGGACGACGACGCCGACUAUGGUGUGGACCUGCCUCCAGAUUUCUAUGGCGGCCUCAUUCCCGAGAAUGCACCCACACACACGGACCCCUCAAACAAGAGUAUCAACACCUUGCUGCUUGAUCUAGGUGCCAUGCACCUGAGCCUGACAGGCGAGUUUGACGCCACUUUUGACGACUUUGAGGGCCACUCGUUGCCUGUUCCGCGCACCUCCCACUCGCCUCCUCCUCCUCCAUCAUCUUGCGGCUCAGACUUGUCUGACAAUGACCUUGAUGGUUGCAUCGGCCAUGCUCUUUGCGCCUUUCCAUCGCUCUACACUCUCGUCCCCGUUCAAUUAGAAGACUCUGACAACGACCUCGACGGUGUCGGCGACCACCGCCCCUCACCCAGCUCACAAGAGAGCAGCGAGGUCUUUGAGUAUGACGAAGAUUGGUCUGCAACAGACAAUCUGUACGACAAUGACCUCGAUGGUGGUCCUCAAGAUGAAGCUCGUCCCGGCGGUUCAUCGUUUGCACACGACACGAUCCCAGGCAGCCGAGCCCCAGCUUUGAGCGAGACGAGUAAACCCGACGCCUGUGCGGCUUUCGACUUUGAUCUUGAGAACGACCUUGAUCUUGACACCUCCGCUCUUGAGGCAGUGUACAUGACGCAAAAGGUUCUGGAACAAGAGUACUCGGAGCCUGACAACGACCUCGACGAUGACGACGUUUAUGCCGAUGACUUCUUCUCUCCCUUUCCCAGACUGUACGGUUCGGCAUGA